UGGCAAAGGUUGACCAAUCUAAAGCUAGAAUAAUGGAAAAGGGUUACAACAAUGACACUGGAACUUAGAAGACAGAUGCCUGAUGACCUGCAUGGUCUGUCUGGAGUAAUAUACAGGAUAGCGUGUUUGAGUGAGUUGGACAGACAGCUCAAGGUGAAUACUUUCCAAGGCAGAGAAAAAGGGACCCACUGACAUAACCAUAGAAAUAGAAUGACUAGAAUGGAUAAUCCCCUCAGACCACAGCAAUUUGAUAGCACCCUCAUGGAUACACCCAAUCUGGCUCAAUGAAUGGGCCAUGUCUGUUCUAGUGAUUCUAUUUAUAUGGACACAACACAUAUCCACUAUGCUCUGGCACCUAACCUUGUGACACUAGGGAGGCAUGGGAUUGUUAAAGAGGGCCAGGUGCCUGUGUCUUAAAUCACUCUGCUGCUCCAGAGGUAUGGUAUGUAUGAGACAGGCCAUUCUAUAAACAGAGGAAGAGAGACACAUGCAGACAGACACAAGAGAUGGACGUGAAUGAGAGUAGUCUCUACUGAUUUAAGACUAACUGACACAGGACUAAAAGUCUUUGGCUUAUGACAACUUCACCUGGUAGCAUCAUUAGCCGAGCUCUUCGUCAUUGGUAUAACUGAUCAUCUCCCUUAGAGUAAGACCAUGGAGAUGAAGACCCAGGCUCAGGUGUGUGCUACUGUGCUUCAAAAGAGGGAAUUUGAUGGGAUCCAUCUUGGCUCUUUUUUUUGUUAUUCUGAAACCUUCUCUCUCCAGGAGAUGCUGUUGAAGCACCAGGAAUGUCUGAAGAGGCAAAGAGAAGCGGUGAAGUUCCGAAUGAAGAAAUUAAGCACAAAGCAAACUGAAAUCACUAAAAAGUCAUCAGCAAUGAGGGAGAGUAUAAGGAAGAAGUAUGAGGACAUCCAGAGGGUUCUGGAUGAGGACCUGGGGAUGACUCUAACCCACCUGGAGAUGGAGGAGAGAGCUGCAGUCACAGCCCUGGAGGACCUGAUGGAGAAGAACUGCACCAUCAUUCAGGAGAUAGAGCAGGAUCUGGCCAGGCUCACAGCUGAGCUGGCCCAGAAGGACUUUCUACUGCCUUAUUCACUGGACACUGAGAUAGUUGGCAGAGUGAUAGAUCUGCUGAGCAGGACAGAUCCCAGCAAAGUGAACUUGGAUGAGCCUAAAGCUGACCAGAUCCUCAGCCUCACCAACAACAUGCUGCUACUCAUACGCUCCCAGACCCCCAUCACCAAGAGACUCAUCAAGAGCUAUUCCACAGAGGUUUCCCUGGACCCAGAGACAGCGCACCCUAAGCUGAUAAUUUCCCCGCGCGGUGACAGUGCCACCUACACAGACACCUGGCAGGAACUACCAGAGCUCCCGGGCCGCUUUGACACCACCCUCAACGUGAUCAGCCUGCAGGGCUUCAGCUCUGGGCGUCACUACUGGGAGAUAGACGUGGCUGGUAAGACGUACUGGGAGCUGGGCCUCACCUACCCCACCAUCUCCCGCAAGGGCCGAGCUGAGGACUGUUGGCUGGGCCGUGGCUCUGACUCCUGGGCUGUGGAGUUCUUUGAUGGGGAGUACACAGCCUGGCACAGUGGGGUGCCCCACCAGCUGCCUGUCACAAAACACUUCAGCCGUAUUGGGGUGCUAUGUAGUUUCCCAGGGGGCCUGGUGUCUUUCCUGGGGGCGGACAGCAUGACCCCUCUGUUCUCGUUCUGUGCAGGGGCUUUCAGGGACUGUCUCCACCUGGCGUUGUGCUCAGGUCACGAUCACAAUGGUACAAACACCAAACCCAUUGUGAUCUGUAACGCACCUCCACCUCCUAGUGCUUUCCAGAAUGCCCAGGAAUGCUGACUCUGCUCCUUAUGAUGCUCCUACUGACUCUUAAAGGCUUUAUCAUUGGAUCAUCAGCAUUUAGUCAGCGAUGUUAUUUGACAAUUUCUCAUGUUGCUGCUCUUUUAUCUAUACAAGUACUUAAAUAUGCAUUCUGUAAUCUAUUAAUGACUGGAUUUAAGGUGCUGUUUCGAGGUAGAAGGGGAGGAUCAAGAUCCUUUUAAAUUUAUUGUGGUUCCAGUUUUAGAGAAGUCCAUAUCUUUCUAACCAAAGUAUUAGUGGUUUUAGCUAUC